GCACCCCUCAGAUCCCCUCUCCCGCUCCUUCUGGACCCGCGUCCUCGCUCCGCUCGGCUGGACCGCGCACAUGCGCCACCACGCCGCCAUCAACCAGCGGCUACCAUACGCGCUGAACGUCAAGACAGUCACGUUGCGGCCAGACGGAAAGUUCGUGUUCUACGAACCGCGCCCGUCUUCCCACAAGCCGCUUGUGAUUGACGCGCAGGAUUUGGUGUACUGCGUCGAGCCCAGGGAGGCAAACCCGCGGAUCGACGACAUCGGGGUCGAGAUGCGGUUGUACGGGAAGGAACACUUCGUGCCUGCUCUCGACGCUGGGUUGCUGUCGACUGUGCAAGCAUAUGCUGCGCUGCCGACGGGCGAGUAUACGCUGGAGAUCACGGUGCCGUUGUUCAGCACGGCCUGGGUCACGGGAAUGGUGAGCGCGGAUGGGGGGAUGCUCGUGGAGACACAGGGAAGAGGGAUGACGUGGGUGGAAGAGACAAUCAACGGCACUCCUGCUCUCAGCGGGCUUCAGAGGAGUUUCAGACGCUCGUGGUUGUGGGUGAUCUACUCCGAGCCAGUGCCGGUGCUGAUGUUCGAGUCGGAGAUGGGAGGGAGGGUGUCUUGGCUGAGUGCGUCCACUUCUGAUGGUACUUCGGAAGAAGACUCGGAUGCCACGAUAGAGGAGGACUCUGAUGAGACGAUAGAGGAGGAUGAAUCGGAUGAGACGAUAGAGGAUGAGGAUGACAAUGACGACGAUGAUAAUAACGAUGACGGUGACAGUGAGGAUGAGGGUAAGGACGAAGAGGAGGAGCCACCGGCAAAAGCACCUAUCAUGGUCUAGUACAAGGGCUAAUUAAUGAGGUACUAAGGGAGGCUAGUGUUAGUAUUGCUUACCGUUCUCGUGACCUGUUUAGUAUCGGCGCUAGCGGGUGACUUGUUUUGUCGAUGUACACGUUAACAUUGCUUAUAG